AUGAAAAUUCUUUCUCUUUUGGUUUUAUGCUUUUUAAUUUCUGCUGUCUAUGCGGUCCUGGGUGUUGAUAUUUCAGACUACACGAGCUCCGAUGCUUUUCACUGUAUGUCUCAAAAUGGCUAUUCAUUUGGAGUUGUGAGAGGCUACUGUAGCUUUGGAGGUGUUGACCCUAACGGCGUAGACAAUAUCGAAAAUUCGAUUGACGGAGGAAUGAAUCACACUGAUGUUUAUUUAUUCCCUUGUUUUCCUUGUGGUGACCCAGCUGGGCAAGUUGAUGCCUUAGUUGAUUACAUUGCCGGGACCGGAUACGGAAUGGUCUGGCUUGAUAUUGAAACUUGGUCUUGGAGCUCAGACUUGGGUACUAAUCAGCAAUUUAUUUUGGCAUUGGCAAAUGAGCUUGUAAACCAAGGGCAAAGUGUAGGUGUCUACACAAACUAUUAUAAUUGGCAAAGCAUUGUAGGCUUAGGAUGGACUGGUGUUUCUCAAUACCCACUUUGGUAUGCACACUAUGAUGACUGGCCAAGCUUUGGAGACUUCACCCCAUUUGGAGGAUGGAAUGAGCCUUCUAUUAAGCAAUUCAACGGUGAUGUAACAGUUUGCGGCGUGAACGUUGAUCAAGAUUAUUAUCCAUUAUAA